AGUAUAAAGAACUCGUAUGUUGUGUACAAGAGUAGUAAGCGUCGCCUGCGUGUGAUACCGCCGGGCUUCCGGCUCGAGCAACUUUGGGAUUCAUUCAGGUGAUUUCUUUUCUGGUUUGUCCUCUUCUCUGCGGCGCGAGGUAGCUGCGUCCUGUGCGGGAUUGUGAGAGACGAGGAGGGACGUUCACGGAUGCGUUCACGCCUCCAUGGCGGCGGGGGCAUCGUCCGCCGCCGCGGCGGCGCCCUUGUAGGAGUCGAGCUGCGCGUCGAGCUCCUCCGCGGUCAUCGGGGUCUCCUUUGUCUUCUUCGCGCGGGGCUUACCCUUACCCUUGCCCUUCCCCGCGGCGCCCUUGGCUCCAGCCGCGUUGGCCUUGGCGCCGCCCUUCUUGGCGCCCGGCCUGGCCACCACCUUGGCCACCACCUUGCGUCCGCCGCCGCCGCCGCCGGCGUUGAAGGUGACGGAGCGCCUGCCCCCUGCGGGGGUGAUGGUGACGCCCGAGGAGAGGGUGAGGCCGCCGCUCGCCGCGCCACCCACGAGCUCAAUCUGCAGCGGGCGGCCGUCGAGCUUGACGCCGUUGUAGGUCUUGAUGGCCUGUAUGGCGUCGCGCCUUUCCGCGAAGAUGACCUCGGCGGUGCCCUUGGAUCGGCCGUUCUGGUCGAAGUUGAGGCCGGACUUCUGCACCCUGCCGAUCUGCGAGAACAGCUCCUGCGAGAGGCGAGAGGCGAGUGACGAUUGGGAGAGGGGGUUUUCGGUCAGGGUUCCAUUCGGUGUUCGCUUGAGAGGGUGUCCGCGUCGGUGCGUCGGCGUAAACCUAGAACCACGAUCUGAGCUGGCGGUCUUCAGUGAUCUCCGUGGAUCUGAGAAAUCGUCACGAGUGCUUUCCGUGAUCGGCCGCGCUCGAGCGCGCGUGAGUUUGCGAGGGUGACCGUGACGCCGCGUCGACGAGGGAUCACCACCGUUUCAUCAGUUACGGCCGAUCAGUCGUCUCCGCGCGCGUCCGCGAGAUCGCCGCGCGGGGGCGAUCGCUGGGUCAAAACCAUUUGGGCGGGGGGAGGAUUCGGCUCCAGAGUAGUCUUGGCGCCAAGAAUUGAGCGUGCGCCUCAGCUGAGCCUCGGACGUCGACGGACCUUGAUGUCUUGGUUCGUCACGUUGAAGUGAAGGUUGGAGAUGGCGAGCUUGCCGCUGCCGCCGGCGACGGGGCCGCGUCCGCGUCCGCCCUGGAACUUAUCGUGCUGCCACGCGCCGUCGACGGCCAUGGCCACGGACGCGUUACCACCGCGGGGGCCGCGCCUCGCCUUGCCGAUCACCUUCGCCUUGACGCCCCCCGGGCCCUUCUUGGCGGGGGUGGCUUUGCCCUUAGCC